AUGCUACUCAGCAGUAGUGACCAGCAACAUCUAUUGCAGUAUAUAUCAUCACCUCCUCCUCCUGUGUGCCGUUGUUCACUGAAAAAGACACAUACAGACAGCAGAAAAUCAACUGACUCUGAAAAGACUUUGCUAGAUGAUCCUGAUGACAAGGAGAAGACUAAUCCAACGAUAAUGACACCUGUCACUACUCCCAAACCCAUAUUCACCCACAAACUACCAGACAACUUUUUCACUUCUUGCUCACCACCAGCACCCAUCUCUCCCAUCAGCAACCUCGCCUCAAGAGUCAACUCUCCUAUAUCCUCCCCACACAUUCACCCUACGGUCACCAAAGCAUGUCCAUCGGUAGAACCUAUUGAUAAAUGUAUUGAGCAUCUCAGUAUACAAGACAGCAACGAAAACAGCACAAGCCAUCUACCUGACAGCAACGAGAUACCCGUAUAUAAACACCAGUACAACAUGAGCCGUAGACAUCGUCGGCUGUCAUUGGAUGACUUUAUCAUCAAGCAAACGGUAGGCACUGGUUCAUCUGCUCGUGUUCAUCUAGCGAAAAGCAAAGUCAAUGGAAAAUAUUACGCUAUCAAAACCAUCAGCAAGAAGGACCUUGUCAGCAAACGUCAAAUAGAGCAUGCCAACAAUGAGCGUGAUGUAUUGGGGUCUGUGUCUCAUCCCUUUUUAGUCAAGUUGUGGGGUAGUUUUCAAAGUGAAAGUCAUGUCUUUCUUGUCAUGGACUAUAUUCCUGGCGGUGAGUUGUUUCGUCAACUUCGCAAACGAAAGGCAUUCACAGAGGACGAAGCUCGAUUCUAUGCUGCAGAAGUGGUCUUGGCUAUUGAGUAUUUGCACAGUAUCAACAUUGCUUAUCGUGAUUUAAAGCCUGAAAACAUCUUGAUUGAUCGUCAGGGCCAUAUCAAAAUUACUGAUUUUGGCUUUGCGAAAAGAGUGGUUGACCGCACAUGGACCGUAUGUGGUACGCCUGACUAUUUGGCACCUGAAAUCAUUCGUUCUCAAGGCUAUACAAAAGCUGUGGAUUGGUGGAGUCUCGGUGUGCUCAUCUAUGAAAUGAUCGCAGGAAACCCACCGUUCACUGCUAAAACCCCCAUUGAUCAAUACCAAAAGAUUCUAGAGUGUGAUGUGACAUUUCCCUGUAGCAUGAGCUCUGAGGUGAUUGAUUUACUGCAGAAUCUGCUGAAAACAAAAGCAUCUGAGAGAUUUGGCAACUUGAAGAAUGGAGCAAAUGAUAUCAAGCAACACCCGUGGUUCAAGGGCAUAGACUUUGGGCAAGUGUUGGCUCGCCAGUUGACCCCACCUUUUGUUCCAGACAUCAAGUUCGAAGGGGACACGGGCUGCUUUGCGUACUAUGAGGAGAUGCAGUUGCCAUACCACAUGAUCCACACAAGCGAGCCUUACUGCUCUCAUUUUCCAUACUUUUAA